GGAGGAGGAAGGUGCUGUUGUUCUCUCAUCAUUACAGACUAGAACCUCAUUUGGAUCCGAGACAGACAGAAAUGCAGGCUGUGGUUACGGUUCUCCUGCUGGCCGGUGUGGCUCUGAUCCACGCCGGACCUCUGCCUCCAGAACCGCUCCUCCAGACCCAGGAGAACUUCAACCUGGACCGGUUCUUGGGGAAGUGGUAUGACAUCGCCUCAGCCUCCAACUGCCCCUGGAGGAAGAAAUACAAAGGAGAUUCUCCGAUCGGAUCUCUGGAGCUGCAGCGUAGUGACUCUCCAAACUCCCUGAACAUGACGCGCAUCAUGUCCAGGCAUGGCGUGUGUAAGAUGAUCACCGGUAACUACGUGAAGACUGAAACUCCGGGAAGAUUCUACUACCACAGUGUCAAAUGGUCAGCUGAUGUGGACGCCUACGUGGUGCACACGAACUACGACGAGUAUGCGCUGGUGGUGAAGUUCAAACAGCAGCGUGGAGGAAACAAGACCACCUCGGUCAAACUGUACGGACGUAAGAAGGAACUGCGGCCCACGCUGUUGGAGGACUUUAAGACCCUGGUGGCUGAACAGGGAAUGAGCGCAGAUACCAUCUCUAUUAAACAGAACAAAGGAGAUUGUGUUCCAGGAGAAAAAACAGCUCCACAGACCGAGGUUCAGCCGAGGACGAGACGAUCGCUGGUGCUGCCUCCAUCUGAUGAAGGUUCUGCAGACGACACACCCAUAUUCAAAGGAGAAGACUCCUGUACAGGUGCCCCAGACCCUGGUCCAUGUUUCGGGAUCCUCCAUCGCUACCACUACAACUCCUCCAUCAUGGCGUGUCAGAUGUUUGAGUACGGAGGCUGUUUGGGCAACCAGAACAACUUCCUCACUGAGAAGGAGUGUCUGCAGACCUGCCGCACUGAGGCUGCCUGUCGGCUCCCGAUAGACGUCGGUUCGUGUAAAAUGUCGCUGCACUUCUGGGCUUUCGACUCGACCAACGGAAAGUGUGUGUCCUUCAACUACGGAGGGUGUGAGGGCAACGGCAACCGCUUCUACACACAGAAAGAGUGUGAGGAGUACUGCGGCGUGAGCAGAGACGGUGAUGAGGAGUUCCUCAAGAUGAAAUAAAGACGAGCGGAAAAAUGCCAGUAAAUAAAAUACCAAACAGUAGCUAAGCUUUUUUUUUUUCCUUUACUGUAGAAAUAAGAAAUAAUACAGAAAAAAACAUGUUCAGCAUCACCACUGUUUUAGAGAUAAAUUCUGCUGAUGUGUAGAAACUUUUGCUAAGAUUUUCUGGGAAAUAAAAUAUUAAAUAUUAAAUAUACUGUUGGAAAUUCACUCAAACUUGCUCACAUGACCUUCAUCGUUAACAUGCUGUAUGAGAGACAACAAUAAAACAUAUUAAAGGUGUUAUAAGUGUUAAUACAUAGUGAAGCUACGCACCUGGGUGUUUAAUGAGUUUAAAUAAAUAAAACACAACAAACGAAUAAACAAAAAUAUGUCUUUAUGUUGAAUAAAAUAAAGUAUUUUCCCCUA